UUUGUAAUAGUUAUGAGCCCGGCGUACUAGCUAUAUACCUCUAUUAGCAAUUAGUAAGCGUUCUAGUAAUUGCGGUUAUUCUUACUAUGGUUAUAACCGCCAAAAGAAUACGUUUUACCUGUUUUUCUCAUCCUUUAUUCCUCUUUUUAGAAUGGCAGCUCUACUACGAAAUACUCUAUUAGCGAUAUGGGAUACGGAUAGGAGGCCGGAAGCAGAGAAGGGAGUACGACUAAGAGCUCCACGUCCAGCUCGUUUUGACGAUAUCAAGGAGGAAUACUCGUUCAGGCUCAAGGAGUACGCUAUUAAGCAGUCCAAUUGGUUAACGCAAAGCUCUCGGUAUCAGAAUAUCUGGGACUGGGUACGCCGUACGGUAGAACCUGCUCUGCUCGUACCACACCUUGAGUUGCUCGUUUCCCAGCAGAGGCUUUCUUUUCAGAACGUCUACCAAACUCUUAUACGAGCUCAAACCUACCGAGUUACAGAAGUCGAAGGAUUCCUGGUAAUUAAGGACUUUCUUCAAGUGAAGCCUGUUAAUUGCUCUAUUCUAGAGCUUGAUAUACGAGAACGCUUGGCAAGGGAAUACGAGAAGCUAUAUGGGCAGCUUGAGAAGAAGGGUUAGAUAAAGAAGGGAGGGAAGUUAAUAGGAGAUUUUGAGUAUUAAUGGUACGUAUAAUGUGGUUUCCUGGCUUUGGGCUUGCGGAGCCGUCCGGGGCUGGAGCUAGGCUUUUUUCCCUUUUUGAUUCUAUUAGCUUAAUAUAAGGUAUUAGGGAAUAACGGUUUCUUAGCUCUUAAUUAGGGUAGAUAGACCAUAUAUAUACUCCUUUUUGCUUUACUAGGGGUGCUCCGUAGGAGUACUUUACUAGCUAUUUCCUUUAUAUAUAGAAUUAGAAGCCUCUGGGGGGUAUAUUAUAUAGAUACGGGUACUAGAGAGCUUAGCUUUGCUUACUUAGCAGCCCCUUUUAUUUAGCUAGAUCCAGAGGCUCCCUUUAGAGCUUCUUUUAAUCAGAUAACUAUUUAUACAAA